UAGCUCUAGACUUGAAUCACUUUCCAACUUUUCGUAACGUUUCAGUUUUGAGUUGUUUUCCAAACCGUGCAAAUGUGCAUGUGGUGUUGAAUUAUAACGCGCGCAUCAAAGUUAAUAAUUUUCUCAACAAAAAGAAAAAAUAAAAUACAAAAGGAAAGGAAAAAACAAAAGAGUGAACACAUUUUUAUUCUCUGCAUUGAAAAACCAGUUUCGUUCCUUACAAUUUCUGAAUUUCUCUGACUUGGGUGAAAUUUUUCGUGGCUUUUCCUUACACUUUACUGGUGUCGUAGUUUGUUCCCUUUUUUUUUUUAAUUAUUUUGAAAAACGUGAAUUGGAAAAUUUGAUGAAAAAGAAGAAAACUUGAAUUACAUUCAGAUUUUUUGGAUUUAAAUUAGAUCUUCAAGAAUUAAAAAACAAAAGGUUCAAUCGGGAAAUCUUGGGAAUUCAGAAAAUAUAAAAGAGAUUAUUGAGUACACAGCAGCAGAAGCAGCAACAGCAACAGCAUAGUGCCCCCGUGCAAGAUCGGUGGUGUGGUGAAUUUGAAUUUCUGUUCUAGUUCUGGUGAAAAGAAAACAUUCGCCAAAUUUUGAUUUUUUCUUAAUUUGUUGGUUCAAAAGAAUUUGUUUAAAAAAAAGAGUUGAUUCUUGAAAAGAUCGUUUUUUUCGGUUAAGUCAUUCACGGCUGUGAUCGCGAUAUUUUGAGUUUCGAGUAAAAGACAUCAACAACAACGAUUGUUGAGUGCAUCUCCAUUUCUUGCUUGGGAUUACCUGAUAUAAAUAACUCAUCACACUGGAUUUAGGAUAUUACGAAGCUGUCAAAGCAUCACAAUAUGAACCGGGCGGUUACUCCCUUCAAGUACAAAACCGAAGUAAUUCCAACAUGACACAACGGGAUGGCAUCAUAAAAUUUGAAAAUGAAAGAAUAAAAACACUCCAGGAGGAGCGUCUGCACAUCCAAAAGAAAACAUUCACAAAAUGGAUGAAUUCAUUCCUUAUCAAGGCAAAAAUGGAGGUCGAAGACCUUUUCACAGAUCUAGCCGACGGUAUUAAAUUACUUAAACUCCUGGAGAUCAUAUCGGGGGAGAAGCUGGGCAAACCAAAUAAUGGACGUAUGCGUGUUCAUAAAAUCGAAAAUGUCAACAAGAGUCUGGCAUUCUUGCACACCAAGGUUCGUCUUGAAUCAAUUGGUGCUGAAGACAUUGUCGAUGGUAAUCCCAGAUUGAUCCUCGGUUUGAUUUGGACAAUUAUUCUUCGUUUUCAAAUUCAAGAAAUCGAAAUCGAUGUUGAUGAAGAAAACGAAUCAUCAGAGAAACGUUCAGCCAAAGAUGCUCUUUUAUUAUGGUGUCAAAGGAAAACACAUGGUUAUCCAGGUGUUAAUAUUCAGGAUUUCACAUCAUCGUGGAGAUCUGGUUUGGGUUUCAAUGCCCUUAUACACUCGCAUCGUCCUGAUCUCUUUGAAUACAGUACAAUUGUUAAUUCGAAAAAUUCAAAUAUCGAUAAUUUAAAUCAUGCCUUCGAUGUUGCCGCUAAUGAUUUGGGUAUUCCAAGUUUACUUGACGCCGAAGACGUUGAUUGCGUACGACCAGAUGAAAAGUCAAUUCUAACAUAUGUCGCUUCAUACUAUCACACAUUUGCACGCAUGAAAAAUGAACAGAAAAGUGGAAAACGUAUUGCCAACAUCGUUGGCCAACUCAUGGAUGCGGAUCGUAAAAAAAUGCACUACGAACGCCUGACGACAACUUUACUUAGUUGGAUCCGGAAUAAGACAAUCGAAUUGGCGAAACGUGAUUUUCCCAAUUCCCUUGAGGGCAUUCAAAAAGAAUUGUUGUCAUUCAAGGAAUACCGAACUAUAGAAAAACCAGAAAAAUAUAAAGAACGAAGUGAAAUUGAGGCGUUAUAUUUUACCAUCAACACUUUGCUGAAAUCACUGAAUCAACCCCAAUAUACCCCCCAAGAUGGACAACUGGUCAAUGACAUCGAAAAAGCGUGGCAACAGCUUGAAAACGCCGAACACAACCGAGAGGUGGCGUUGCGCGAUGAGCUGCUACGACAAGAGAAGCUCGAACAGCUGAACUAUAAGUUCGAGAAGAAGUCAGUUCUGCGCGAGGGUUAUUUGAAGGAAAUGAUUCAAGUCCUAUCCGAUCCGAGAUAUCUGCGACAAGUGGACGCGACUUUGAAGAAACAUGAAGCGAUAUCUGCGGAUAUUUUGGCACGUGUGGAACGUUUCAAUGACCUCACAGCCAUGGCCAAUGAAUUGGAGAGGGAAAACUAUCAUGGAAAAGAGCGUGUGAAAAAACGUGAGGCCGAAGUUAUGGAGAAGUGGAGGAAACUCCUUGAACUCCUCGAGAACCACAAGUACAAUCUAUCACAGAUGAGUAACCUCAUGAACCUGCUGCGUGAAAUCGCCAGCACUCUCGAGGCUAUCAAAGAGCUGCAGGUUCAGUUUGCCUCCGAAGAUGUGGGACCACAUUUGUUGGGAGUCGAGGAGCUACUUCAGGCACAUUCACUGCAGGAACUUCAAGUGAAUACCCUUGGCGAGACACUCAAAAAAUUCACACGACUAGGUCAAGCAUAUAAGGAUCAGAAGGAUGCAGCGAUUCUUAUGCAGAAACUUGCAGAAUUGGACAAAGCUUAUCAAGUAUUACUAACGCUCUGCUCAAAACGUCGGGCUUGUCUUGAGGAAGCGAGAAACUUCUACCACUUCAUGGAGGACUACGACAACGAAGAAGGUUGGCUGGUGGAUAAGCAGAGGAUCUGUAAGACAGGUAUCUCAGCUAAGGACCUGCGUGCCGUUCUUUCCCUGCAACAGAAACACAAAGCCCUCGAAGAUGAAAUCAAAUCGAGGAAGCCAAAAUCCAUGCAGAUGGGUGAUGCUGGUAAGAAACUCAUCACGGACAAACAUCCCAGAUCGUCGGAAAUUAAGUUGAGGAUUAAUUCCUUGGAAGAGCACUGGAAGGCUCUUGAAGAUCUAGUUGAAUUGCGUCGGAAGCAGUUAGAAGAUGCUGCUGAAGCUUAUCAAUUCUACACAGACGCCAAUGAGGCCGAAUCUUGGCUAAAUGAAAAGAUGGCAUUGGUGAAUUCGAAGGAUUACGGAACUGAUGAACCAUCGGCGCAGGCCUUGCUUCAGAGGCACCGUGAUUUACAGGGUGAAUUGAAUGCCUAUUCUGGAGAUAUUCUCAACCUCAACCAACAGGCAGAAAAAUUGAUCAAAGCCGGAAUUUGCACUUUAGAACUAUCAGCAGAACCAGAACAAUUGCCUGAGGUCGAGCAAGAGGAAUGGGUAAACGAAACCCGACUGGUACCCAAGGAAGUUUGGGAAGAGGAGCUCGUCGAGAAAUUAGAGCACAAGAAAGUCACUGAAACCAAACUCCUGCCACAUGUCAAAGCUUUGUUCCCCUUCGAUGGUCAAGGCAUGAAAAUGGACAAAGGAGAGAUCAUGCUUCUUAAGAACAAAACAAACAACGAUUGGUGGUGUGUUCGCAAGGACAACGGCACCGAGGGUUUCGUCCCAGCAAACUAUGUCAAGGAGAUUGAACCUUUGCCAGUUGCGUGCAUCGUUACAAAACCAGAAAAAGUCAAGACUAAGCAAAAGGUGAAGAAAACAAUCUUGGUGCGACAAGUUGUGCCCGUCCGGCGAAUCAAACCCUCUAGUGUGUCCCAAAUCAAACCAUUGGUUAAGAGACGCUCAUCGACAAACAUCAAUGACAACUCGGACAGUGUGGAGAAGCGUCAAAAGCGUAUCAAUGUUACCUACGAUGAACUUCAAGAAAUGGCGCAGCGACGACAUGCACUUCUUGAGGAUUCCAUCCAUUUGUUCGGAUUCUAUCGUGAGUGUGAUGACUUUGAGAAAUGGAUGAAGGACAAGGAAAAGAUGAUCAAGUCGGAUGAGGUCGAUGGCGUUGAGAAUGCCAAGAGGAAGUUCGAGAAAUUCCUCACUGAUCUAUCGGCGGCUUCAAAGCGUGUUGAAGAAAUUGACACAGCGGUUCAGACCUUCACUCGACAGGGUCAUUCCCAAUUGGAUAAAGUUGUUGCCCGUCAAAAGCAGAUACAUCAAAUCUGGCAGCGUUUGAAUAAUGCCAAGGCCGAACGGGAGAAGAGUCUGGAAGGUGCCUCUAGUGUGGAACUCUUCAAUAGAACCUGUGACGAAGCGAAGGUUUGGAUGAGCGAGAAGAUGUUGCAGCUAGACACUGCUGUGAUCAGUCCCGAUUUGAAGACUGUCCAAGCUUUACAGAGGAGACAUCAGAAUCUUGAAAGAGAACUGGCUCCGGUUGAAGAAAAGGUCAAUCGGGUGAACUACCUUGGAAACUCGGUAAAGAACGCCUAUCCAGCUGAACGAGCAAACGUAACCGCGCGCCAACAAGAGGUCACAGAUAUGUGGAAGCAAGUUCACGCUAAAGGAAUCGAGCUUCGAGCUCGAAUUGAGAAUGCAGUGGGACAGCAAAUCUUCAACAAUAGCGCCAAAACACUACUGGCUUGGAUUGAUUCUGUCAAGGAUCAGUUGAAUGCCGAUGACGUUGCUAGGGACGUGGAAACAGCUAAUAACUUGUACAAGAAGCACAACGAGCUGGGCGAUGAUAUCAAGGCUCACGAUAAUGAAUUCGCCGAGGUGAUUAAUUUAGGUCAACAACUGACCGAUGGAAGACCAAAUGUCGCUGAGACCGUGAAGAUCAUUGAUCGUCUGAAGGCCGAAAAGGAUGCCAUCCACAGGGGAUGGGUAGAGAAACAGAAGUGGCUUCAACAGUGUGUGGAGUUGCAAAUCUACAAUCGUGAAGCUGACAAAAUUGAUGCCACAACCAAGGGUCAUGAAGCAUUCCUUGAGUACUCCAACUUAGGGAAUUCCCUGGACGAAGUUGAAGCCAUCUUUAAGCGUCAUAUUGAUUUCGAGAAGAGUCUUAUGGCUCAGGACAAGAUUUUGAAGGGUUUCUCCGAUCAUGCUGAUAAACUUAUUGCCAAUGAUCACUACGAUUCUAAAUACAUCGAUAAUCGUAGGAACCAAGUUUUGGCCAAGCGAAAAGCCGUAAAAGAUCGGGCAUUCGAAAGAAAACGAUCUCUACAGGCCUCGAAAGACUACCACAAGUUUGCUGCUGAAGCAGAUGAUCUUAACACCUGGCUCAAUGACAAGACAAAGAUAGCAGGUGAUGACAGUUAUAAGGAUUUGUCUAACCUGCCAAGAAAGCUCCAGAAACACAAAGCUUUCGAAAGGGAGCUUCGCGCAAACGAGGGUCAAUUGAGAAAUGUUAACAAGGAUGCUGAGUCGCUAGUUGCCACCAAGAAUCGUGUCCCAGAAGUAAAAGCCAAGGUUACUGAUUUGAACAAGAAAUGGAAAGAUCUGCUGACGAUCUCAGAAGACAAAGGUCGCAAAUUGGAGCAGGCAUUCCUGCAACGUGAGCACAAUCGUGCUAUAGAAGAUGCUAAGAAGAAAGUCGAUGAGUUGGACAACGCUCUUAAGAGCAAGGACGUUGGUCAUGAUCUGCGCAGCUGCAAGGACCUUAUAAAUAAACAUCAUAUCUUGGAAUCCGAAAUCACCCUGUGGGAACAAAAAAUUGAGGAAUUGGUUUCAUCUGGAGAGGAAAUGGCACAUGAAGGACAUUUCAAUGCAGCCAACAUCAAGGACGAGACCAAGGACAUUCAGAACAGAUUCCAUCUGUUGAAGGAUCCGAUCAGGAAGCGACGUGCUGAGCUCGAGGAAAGCUUGAACUAUCACAAGUUUGUGUUUGAACUUGACGCAGAAAUGCAAUGGAUUAACGAGCAUAUGCCAGCAGCAACAUCGAAGGAGCUGGGACAGAACUUACAUCAAGCUCAGUCGUUGCAUAAGAAACAUAAGAAGCUGGAAGCAGAGAUUAAGGGUCAUCAACCGAUGAUAAACAGAGCAUUGCAGUCAGGACAGACAUUGGUCGAUCAGAAGCAUCCUGAAAAGGAGAAGGUGAAGAACCUUUGCAACAAAUUGGAGAAGGCUUGGGUGGAUCUUGAAAGCAACACCAAUGAUCGUGCCAAGAAACUGGAAAUGUCUCUAAAGGCACAACAAUAUCUGUCAGAAGCCGGUGAGAUAGAAUCAUGGCUGGGAGAGAAGAACAAUGUUCUCCGAUCGACAGACUACGGACGCGAUCGUGAUUCAGCGACAAAGCUGUUGACCAAGCAUAAAGCAAUCGAACUGGAAUUAGACACUUAUUCAGGAAUUGUCACCGAAAUGGGUCAUAACUGUGGAGCAAUGGUAACCGCUGGUCAUCCCGAUGGAAAGAUCCUGUCCUCGAAACAGGCACUGAUCGAGAAAAUGCUGAAGAGCUUGCAGAAAUUAGCAACACAGCGCCAGAUGAGAUUGAUGGAGAGUUUGUAUAUGCACGAAUUCUUCUUGGAAUCGGCUGAGGUAGAACAAUGGAUCAGAGAGCAGGACCAAGCUGCAUCGUCGGAAGACUAUGGUCAGGAUUAUGAACAUUUGCAGCUUCUCCAAAACAAAUUUGACGACCUGAAGCAUCGUGUGGAAGUUGGCUCGGACAGAGUUAACCAGUGUGAAGUCCUUGCUAAGAAGUUAGUAGAGACUGACAGUCCAUAUGCUCCAGAAGUCGAGAAACGUCAAGAACAAUUAAGAUCAUCCUGGGAGAACCUUUUGAAGCUUCUUAACCAACGUGAACAGAAGCUUCACGCAGCUGGAGAAAUUCAUCGCUUCCACCGCGAUAUUGCAGAGGCGUUGUUCCGCAUUCAAGACAAGAACGCAGCUCUCUCAGCAGAACUUGGUAAGGAUUUGAACUCUGCUUUAGCGCUUCUUAGGAAGCACGAAGGAUUCGAGAAUGACUUGGUUGCAUUGGAGGCUCAACUGCAAGUGCUCGUGGAGGACUCAGUUCGUCUACAAGCCAAAUAUCCAUCAAAUGCCAGUGCAAUUGCCCAACAACAAGACAAAGUAGUCACAGCUUGGAAUGAGUUGAAGGAACGAUCCGGUGCACGUUCAGACAGACUUGCUGCCAGUUCCGAUCUUCAGUCUUUCCUCACAGAUGUACGAGACAUUAUGUCAUGGUCAUCGAACCUGAGAGCUGCUCUGCAAGCAGAAGAACACGUCAGCGAUGCCGCUGGAGCCACUGCAUUGAAAAUUCAACACGAUGCUAUCUACGGUGAGAUCGAAGCCCGGGAAGAGAAAUUCCGCUUCCUCAACGAACUCAGCGAUUCCAUGGUCCAAACUGGACACUAUGCCGCCGCUGAAGUUGAGGAGAAGUGCUCUGCCAUGUUGGACGAACGUCAGAAACUGCACGCUGCUUGGAACAAGAAGAAAAUCAUGCUCGAGCAAAAGAUCGAUUUGUUCUGUUUCUUACGUGAUGCCAAACAAAUCGACAAUCUUUCUAGUUCCCAGCAAGCAGCGCUCACAAGUUCUGACUUUGGCCAAACUGUGGAAGACGUACAGAACCAAAUUAAGAAGCACGAUGAAUUCGAGCGGGUUAUCCAGACGCAGGAAGAUAAGGUUGCGCUGUUACAAGAUCAUGGCCGUAAACUGAUCGAGCAGCGUCACUACGAUAGCGCCAAUAUCCAAGGAAUUCUCACGGGAGUCUUGCAACGCCGUCAAAGAGUGAAGGAUCUGUGCGAGAGGAGACACUACAAGCUUGAGGAUGCUCUUCUUUACGCUCAGUUCGUGAGAGAUUGUGCUGAAGCUCAAUCAUGGAUUUCAGAGAAGAAGAAGAAGCUUGAAGCUGAUGGAGCAAACUACUCAGAAGUAUCAAACUUAGACGAGAAGAUCAAGAAGUUGCAGAAACACCAGGCCUUCCAAGCGGAAAUCGCCGCCAACCAAGGAAGGAUCAAGGAAAUCCAAGAAACCGGAUUGAUUUUGAUCGGAAAGCAGCACGAGUCGUCACCAGAGAUCAAACAAGCUAUCGAGAGCGUUGUAUCGGCUUGGAAGAGUUUGCUCGAGGAGUUGGACAAUAGAGGCCGAGGUUUGGAAGAAGCCCAAGAUAUUUUGGAAUUCAACAACCAAUUGGACAAGAUCGAGGCAUGGAUCCGUGACAAAGAGAUGAUGAUCCAAGCCAGUGACACUGGAAGAGAUUUGGAGCAUUGCAAUGCACUGACGAGGAAACUGGAUGAUGUAGACUCAGACAUGCGAGUCGAUGACCAAAGGGUGAAGCACAUCAACCAAUUGGCCGACAAGUUGAUUCAUCAAGGAGAAGUCCCCGCUGAGACAAAGAACAUCGACAAGAGGAGGAAUAACUUCAACAGCCGCUGGAGGCACCUCCAGGGAGCCCUCAGUGCCUACCGUGCUCUUUUGGGUGGCGCAAAUGAGAUCCACGUCUUCAACAGAGAUGUCGACGACACUUCAGACCGCAUAGCAGAGAAGGCCCUUGCAAUGAGCUCCGAAGACACCGGCCGUGACUUGGCUGCUGUUGAGACCCUGAUUCGCAGGGAAGACGCCCUAGAACGCGACAUGACCGCCGUUAAGCAAAAGAUCGGUGAACACGAGCGUGAUGCAAUGGAUCUGAAGAAGAAAUACCCUGACCGCUUGCAAGACAUCGAUAAGAAGCUAGACGAGCUGAAGAAAUCUUGGAACAAUCUCCAGGAUCUCAGUAUCAAACGUCGUGACGUACUCAAUGACGCCUAUGAUGUGCAUAAGUUCGUCUCGGACGUUAAGGAACUGGAAUCCUGGGUGAAUGACAUAAUCAAGAAAAUGAAUGCAGCUCAAGCCCCAAUGACAAUAACCGAGUGUGAAACUCAGCUGGAGUUGCAUCAAGAGCGAAAGGCAGAGAUCGAUGGCAGAGAUAAGGCUUUCCUGGACUUGAAAAAGCACGGAGAGGGUUUGGUGAGCGUGGAGAAGUCUAAUGACGCUAAGAAAUACCUGAAGACCUUGGGUGAACUGCAUAAGACUUUGCAUGACGCUUGGAACGAUCGUGCCAGGAGGUUGCGAGAGGCUCAUCAGUUGCAGCUCUUCAAAUCUCAAAUGGAACAAGUCGAGAACUGGCUGGCCAAUAAGGAAGCGUUCUUGAAUAACGAUGACCUGGGAGACUCAUACCAAGCUGUUGAUAGGUUGAUCAAGAAGCACGAUGCCUUCGAGAAGCUCCUCGAGUCAGACAAUGUAAGUGAGUUGGAGAAGUUCGCCAAGUCCAUCCUAGAGAGCGAUCCCAAGGACGCUACGAUCAUAAGAGACAAACUGUCGUAUGUUCUUAAGCGUAGGCAGAAAUUGGUCGCAUUGUCACAGGAACGUCGCUUCAAGCUCACGCAGUCCAAGCAGCUUCAGGAGUUCCUUCGCAGUCUAUACGAAAUCGAUCGUUGGUUGGUGCAGAAGAUGCAAAUCGCCAUCGAUGAGAACUACAGGGAACCCAGCAACUUGCAGAGCAAGAUCCAGAAACACACAGCUUUUGACAGUGAACUCGUGAGCAAUGCCUCCAGAGUCAAGGAUGUGAUUGCUGAGGGUGAAGGUCUCAUUAAGGAUGAUCAUUAUGCCAAAACCGAGAUUUCCAAGCACUUGGAAAUGCUAGAAUCCGAUUGGGAAAAACUCACCGAAGCCUCGAAAGAGAAGAAGGACAAACUGAACCAAGCCUACGACGCAUUGACCUUCAAUCGCAGCAUGGACGAAUUCAACAACUGGAUGGACGAAGUGGAGUCGCAUUUGUCAAGCGAAGACUAUGGCAAGGAUCUUUCUGCUGUGAAUAAUCUAAUCAAGAAACAUGAGCGUCUGGAAGCCGAUGUUACCCAUCACAAUGAAAUCUGUGAUCAGGUGAAGCAAAAGGCAGAAAAGUUCUUGCAGGCUGAUCACUUUUUGAAGGAUGAGAUCCACGAUCGAGCGAUGGCAACUAUUAAACGGUAUCGUAGUCUUCACGAACCCAUCGCCAUCAGACGGGAGAACCUUGAAGAUUCAUUGAAUCUGCAACAGUUUAUGCGUGACGCUGAAGACGAACUCCAAUGGCUGAUCGAAAAGGAGGUUGUUGCUGGAUCAACCGAUCUUGGAGCUAGUCUGAUCGCUGUGCAGGUUCUUCAGAAGAAACAUCAAGGACUGGAGGCAGAAAUUCUAUCACAGGAACCCCUUAUCCUCGCUUUGAUCCAACGCGGACAACAAAUGAUGCGCGAAGAGCAUUUCGCCAGAGAUCAGGUGAAGUCCAAGUGUGACCUACUUCAAUCGAAGUUGGUUAAUUUGAGAGAUCUGGCAAGCAUCCGGCGUCUGCGAUUGCUUGAUGCUGUGGAGAGUCAGAUGUUCUAUGUGGAAGCCAACGAAGCCGAGGCCUGGAUUAAGGAAAAACGUCCAAUUCUCGCGUCACAAGAUUAUGGUCGUGAUGAGCCAUCGGUGCAGUCACACAUCAAGAAGCUCGAAGUUCUUCACCGAGAACUGCAGUCGUUCAAUUCUUCCAUUGAGAAAGUCAACACUCUGGCAACGAACUUGAUCGAAAGGAACCACUUUGACAGCCAGAACAUCAACUCAAAGAACACCUCUGUGAGUUCCCAAUACCAAGAACUCCUGAAACUGUGCAAGGAACGUGAAUUGCGCUUAGCCGAAUGCAAGAAACUCUUUGAAUUCCUUAGAGAAACCGAAGAUCUACACGAAUGGAUUGGCGAUCAAAUGACUGUGACUGCUUCUGAAGAUUAUGGUGAAGACGUCGAGCAUGUGGAACAAUUGAUUCUCGCUUUUGACUCAUUCAUAUCGAAUCUAACGGCAAAUGAAGGACGAGUUCAAGCGUGCCUGGCCCGCGGUGAAAUUCUAAUCAAGGAGAACAACCCAUAUCGAUCAUCGAUCAAGUCAAAGCGAGAUGAGACAAAGCAAUUGUGGGAUGAACUCAAGGAUCUAGUCAAUGCCCGUCAAGAUGCCCUCGCAGGAGCUAAACAGGUUCAUGUUUACGAUCGGGCCGCUGAUGAAACCAUUUCUCUUAUCAACGAGAAGGAAUCUUCUCUGAUUUCGGAAGACUAUGGUCAAGAUUUGGAAAGUAUCCAGGCUCUGAAUCGGAAACAUGCUGUUUUUGAAUCUGAGUUGUCCGCCAUAAAGGAACAAGUCGACUCAGUGCUGGGAGAAGCUUCGAAAUUGGGAGAAAUCUACCCCGAUGCAAAGGAACACAUUGAAGUGAAACGUGAUGAAACGAUCGAAGCAUGGGCUGAUCUUAGAGAGAAGACCGAAUUACGUCGUGGCAAACUUCAACAAGCCGAACAAUUGCAGUCCUACUUUGACGAAUAUAGGGAGUUGAUUGCAUGGAUCAACGAGAUGCUGGCAAAGAUCACAGCUCCGGAUCUAGCUACUACUGUUGCUGGAGCCGAUGCUCUUCUAUCCAGCAUCAAGGAACAUACUGCAGAAAUACAUGCCCGAGAUGAGACCUUCGCCAAUUUCACAGCCAAUGGACAGAAACUUAUCAAAGAGAAGCACUUUUUAGCGCAUGAAGUCGAUGAGAAGAUUCACAUUCUGAAGCAGCGCCAUGAUUUGCUGCAGUUGACUCUGCAACAGCGAAAGGAUCUCUACGAACUUAACUUAGACACCAGGCUGUUCCUUAAGGAAGCUGAAAUCCUCGAAAACUGGAUAACAAGUCGAGAGCCAUUGCUUAAAGACUCCAAAUUGGGUGAAUCAAUUCCCCAAGUUGAGGAUCUUCUUCGACGACACCAAGAUUUUGAGAAGACAGUGGCGGCUCAGGAGGAUAAGUUCAAUGCCAUCCGUAGAAUAACACUCCUUGAACAGAGAUUCAAGAAACAGGUCGAGAAUGAAAAGGUUGCCAAGAGAAUGGAAAAAGAACGAUUGGAGAAGGAACGUCUGGAAAUACUGAAACAAAAGGAACUGCAACGUUUGAAUGACGAGCGACGACGCACCGAGAAGCAAAACGAAAACCGUGCAAACGGUGUGGCGGAGAAAACUCCCAUCUACUCGUCGCCAAUGGUCACAUCACCAGUUGCGAAUCCUCUGCGUAGUCCCUUCGAGGAGGAGUACUCAACACCAAAGACCGUUGUCACUGGACCCGGAACUCCAACAUCAGGUGUAUUUGGCGAUCGUCUGCGACGUGGCUCAGACACAACUGUUAAGCGAGCUGAAAGUAUGAAAGUCCCCCAGAAACAACCCAAACGUACACCAUCUUUCACAACCCGUCGACGGGCACAAAGUUUCCGUAAGAAUGGCGGCAAGGGUGAAGGUUUCGACUUGCCACCCGUGGAAAUCCAGGGAUCGCUAGAACGUAAACACGGUCUUCAGUCAGGUGGAAAGCGAGCUCCGGUUCGAUCGUGGAAGCAGUUCCACACAGUACUCUGCGGUCAACUUCUCUGCUUCUUCAAGGACGAAAACGACUUCAUUCAACAAAAGACAGCUACAGCGCCAGUGAAUAUCCUUGGAGCUAAGUGUGAACGAGCUGAAGAUUACACAAAGAAAAAAUACGUAUUCCGGCUGAAGCUUCCUGACGGUUCGGAGUUCCUCUUCGAAGCUCCCAAACUUGAAUCGAUGAAUGAUUGGAUUAGGAAGAUCUCAUUCCACGCUGGCUUACCACCAAAUCUACAACUUCUAAGCUAUGAUGAGUCUGUUAGGCAGCAAUCAAACAGUUUUCCAGACAUCAAGAUCGCCAGCCAAAUUGAUUCGCCAAUGAGUUCCAGAGCAUCAUCACCUGACUCACAGCGUCGCAGUCGAAACGAUUCGAUAAACAGUAGUUUGUCAGGAAGUAGCUCGACAACGCCACAAAUGAAUUUCCUGCAAAAACAACAACAACAGUAUUCACAACAAGCCAGCAUACCUGUACAUCAACCCGCCUCUCCAACUGGAUCUUAUGGAUUCAACGAACAAAAACCUCCAAUUCCACCACGAGGUGCACCUCCACCAGUGCCACAUAGACAAAGUACAGACAAUUUGGUAGUCAUGAGAAAUCGUAAUAGUGUUGGAAGUGAUAUUUCAGAUGUAAACGCUAAUUUUGGAAGCAUGUCAAGAUUGCAAUCAACCACACUUCCUCCUGGAUUAAGUGGCAUUCCAAAUGGUAACGAAGACAUACGAGGAUUUGCUGUGGAAACAAGGCAUUCAGAAAAUCCACCACCAUUACCAACAACAAUGCCCCCCUUAGGAGGACACCAAAGAAUUAGUACAUUCGGUACACAACACAUCAACAACAGUAACAAACACCAACAGCAUCAGAAUUAUCAAGGAUUACCCCAAAAAAGAUCAUCUUCAUCUGCAUCUUCAACUCGAACAGAUGUAAACCGUUUCGCUGAAAAUAAUACCAACAAUAAUAUGAUGACACCAGGAGUUGGUAGUACAACAAAAAGGACUACAGUCCAAACAUCAAUGUCCUUAGGUGGUGCAGAUAAUGUUAACAACAAUAAUAAUGGAAACAAUGGAAAUAAUAUAAAUACAACAACCACAACAACAACAACCACAAGCCGAACCGUUUGGCAUUAUUCUCCAGAUAAUAAUUCAGUGACAAAUCCAAGUUAUAUGGGCAUCAGUAGUGCUGACGUCGCUGGUUGGGGAACAAGUCGCUAUGAAAAUGCACGACCAGUAUCCUUGCAACCAGAUUCAAUAAACAUCUCUCGUGUAUCGGCAGAAAGCUCCAGUGAAAGUGAGGCACAAUCGAUUUCAUCGGUUUCCGGUGUAAAGGGAAGCAAAAGCAAAGAAGAGCGACGUAGUGGCAUGUUCCGAUUAUUCGGACGAAAAGAUAAGGACAAGGACAAGUCGAGAAGAUCCAGUCAGCCGCCUCAGUAAAAAUAAAUAAAAGGAUCAUAUAUAAAUUUUAAUUUGUUUAUUUUUUUAUAUUAUUAUUUGUUAUAAAUUAUUAUCUGAGAGUGUGAAUUGGAGUAUAAUUUAUUAUUCAAUUUAUUAAUUUUUUUUGUUUGUUCUUUUUUUAUUUGUUUAAAUGUUAAGUCUUAUAAAUAUUAUUAUAUUAUUAUAUAUACACGUAAAAGUUUUAGAAAAGUGUCAUUUUUUUGUAGGUAUUUAAUUUUGUCGUCUAAUAUUGUUGGUUACAACAUUUAAAAAAAGAUUAUAAAACACAAGAAUUAAAAAUAAAAAUAAAACAUAAAUUGUUACUAAUCACGAUAUUUUAAAGAAAGAGAAAGAAAAACCCAAGUUUUUUGAUUGAUAUUUAUUUUCAAGUGUUUUUUAAAUUUUGUUUUCUAUUUUAAAUCAAGCAAAAAGAAUAAUAAUAAAAUCAAUUUCUAUAAAUAAAAAUAUUUCUUAAUUUUUUACUUAUAUUUAACUAUUAUAAACAAAAAACAUAGAAAUAUGUAAUAAAACAAUACAAACAAAAAUAUUUCUUUUAAGUGUUAA